CAUCCCGAGGCGUGCAACGUGCACACAGCCAUUGCCCAGAAUUUUCUUUUUUUCCCCGUCAGCAGGAGUCACGAGCCCUGCUCAAAAUCUACCUUGAGCACCACCAUUCAACUCCACACAGCACGCCACUACUGCUGCCCUCAGCUCACAAAAACACACAGCAAACUUGCUCCUUGGUUCCUAGAAUCAGAUCCACAUGGAGGUCGUGACGGGGGCACUGCCGAGCCUCAUUCCCAAGCUUGCCGACCUCAUCGCCGGCGAGUACAAUUUGCAGAAGGGGCUGAAGGGGGAGAUCAAAUUCCUUCAAGAAGAGCUUGAGUGCAUGAAGGGUGCCCUCGAGGACAUCUCCAGGACUCCGGCAGACCAGCUUCCCAAUAAUGACAAGAUCUGGUCCAGGAAUGUAAGAGAGCUUUCCUACGACAUAGAGGAUAGCAUUGACACGUUCAUGCUGCAAUGCAAGGGUAAAAGGUUGGGCACACAGCAUGGGCUCAAAAAGAUCAUUGAUAGGAGCCUCAACUUGUUGGUGCAGCCAAAGGUUCGCCACAAGAUUGCUACUGACAUCAGAGAGAUCAAGAGCCGCGUCAUGGAGGUGCACGAGCGGCGCCGCAGGUAUGAGGUCAACCUUGGUGGUGACAAACCUGUUACGGUCGACCCUCGUUUAUUCACCCAGUACACAGAGGUGAAAGAGCUUGUUGGAAUUCAUGAGGUGAGGGAUGAGUUAAUCAAUAAUAUGUUGACAGAAGAGAAUAAUGUUCACAUGAAGCAAGGCAAGAUAGUUUCCAUUGUUGGAUUUGGAGGCCUGGGAAAGACAACUCUUGCUAAUGCAGUCUAUGAAAAGAUUAGGUCACGAUUCGAUUGCGCUGCCUUUGUUUCGGUGUCCCGGAAUCCUCACAUGGAGAAACUGUUCCAGGAUAUGUUCUAUCAACUUGCCAAGAGAAAUAAUGCAAGGAUCAUUGUUACUGAUGAGAUCAGAGAAUUCCUUCAGAGCAAGAGAUAUAUCAUUGUUCUCGAUGACAUAUGGGAUAUUUCAGUUUGGAAAACGAUGAGAUGUGCUCUGCCUGAUAAUAAUGGUAGAUACAGAAUUAUCACAACUACCCGUAAUGUCAAUGUUGCUGAAGAAGUUGGUGGUGCUUAUGAGCUGAAACCUCUCUGCCUUCAGGACUCUAGAAUAUUAUUGUAUAAAAGAAUAUUUCACAAUGAAGAUAAAGACAAAUGUCCUGAUGAGCAGUUGGCUGAAGUCUCUGAUAGAAUACUAAAGAAAUGUGCUGGCGUACCCUUAGCUAUCAUUACGAUAGCUAGUUUACUGGCUAGUAAAGGAGGAAUGAUAUUAGAGUGGUAUGAAGUCAGCAACUCUGUGGGUACCGGAUUGGAAAAUAAUCAAGAUGUGAGGAGUAUGAGAAAUAUUUUGUCACUUAGCUAUUAUGAUAUGCCAUCCCAUCUGAGGACUUGUUUUCUAUAUUUAAGUGUGUUUCCAGAAGAUUAUAUGAUUAACAAAGUUUGUCUGAUAAACAUGUGGAUAGCUGAAGGUUUUAUUCAAUCUGGAAAACAAGGCCAAACCCUACUAGAAGUUGGAGAGAGUUACUUCAACGAUUUGAUAAACAGAAGUAUGAUCCAACCCGUGUAUGAUUGGUACUCUGGCGUGAUAGAAGGAUGCCGAGUACAUGAUAUGAUGCUUGAUCUUAUCUGUUCCUUGUCAAAUGAAGAAAACUUUGUUACAGUCCUUAAUGGUACAGAGAACACUUCUCCAUCAAAUACAACCCGGAGGUUGUCCCUUCAAAAUGGCAAGGACGACCAUUCUAUGACUUGGGCUACAAAGAGCUUGCAAAAAGUGAGGUCAGUUUUUGUAUUUCCAUCUGCUCUUGAUUCAAUGCCGGCCCUUGACAGUUUCCGAGUUACACGUGUACUGGACCUGCAAGGUUGCAAUCUUUCAGAGAGUUACAGCCUUAAGCACCUUGGGAAAUUAUUUCACUUGAGAUACCUGGGACUACGUGGCACUGGUAUUGCUGAAAUCCCAGAGGAAAUUGGAAACAUGUCAUCUCUACAAACCUUGGACGUAAAGAGCAAUAAAAUUUCUUGCUUGCCACCGACUGUUAUUCGGCUAAGAAAUUUGAUGUUCCUCUACAUUGACUGGUCUACAAGACUGCCAAACGGGAUUGGCAACAUUACAUGCCUUGAAACGCUGUUACUGCGCAUUGACGACUCCACCAUGGACAUUACAGAAGAGAUAGGCCAGCUACUGGAACUGAGGUUGCUGCGUAUUGUCUUGGACAAAUGGAACAACAAGUUGGUGGAGCACCUAAACAAGCUGCAAAAGAUCAAGAAUCUGUAUAUAGAGGUCAUCAAUGGCCAACGCAGCAUUGGUGGAUUGGAUGCCUGGGUUGCACCUCGACAUCUUUGGAGAUUGAAUACAGUCCGGAGCUGCUGGUUCUCAACACUGCCGGCUUGGAUGACAUCAGUUCUUCACCUCUCUUUCCUGUGGAUCGCCGUAAGGGAGCUGCAGCCAAAGGAUCUCGAAAUCCUCGGGAGGUUGCCAGCUCUCCGCUCUCUAGAACUGGAGGUGGACCAUGUGAACCUUGGAAUCCUAGGGAGAUUCGUUGUUAGUGCUGGAUUGUUCCCGUGUCUUGUACAUUGCAAGUUCUGGGGAUUUGUAGAGCCUGUGGUAUUUCGGCAAGGAGCUAUGCCGAGGAUCAGAGAGCUUUAUCUCGACCUGUUCUUCAUGUGGGAGGCAGGAGAAACCAUCAGCAGCGAUGGCGGUCUUGUCAUGGGCAUGGAGAACCUGCCAUUGCUGCAGGAUGUGUUCAUUGAGUUCCGAUCUGAAGUGGCGAGCACUGAGGAGGUGGACCAGGCAAAGGCUACACUAAGGCGUGCAGCUGAAAUUCAUCCCAACCAUCCCCGCCUUACUAUAUACUCUGAUUAAGUUGAUUAGGAAAUAUGGCUUGAGGUUUGAGGAAAAUGUAUCUAUAGCUUUGUGAUUGUGGCAUUAGGAAAUGGUAUAAUUUUUCUUCAGGCUCUAGCACUCGAAAUGUUUGUUGAAAUCUCACUUGUGACACCUGAGUUGUUAGCACUGCAAUUUGCAAGUCAAAAUUUGCACGGGUU